GUGAUUAUGUGACCGCGCCCGCAUGAAAACAAUUUAGGUUUUCAACGGUCACUUUGAUUACUCAUUGAUUUCAGGAAUAAACAUCUUUAUUUGCUAGAACUUUCUCUUGUUUUACACCAGGUGAGCUACACCACAUCUAAAUUUGGCGAAAACACUUCUGUGACUGAAGGGUAAAGCUAUUUUGCAGUAUUCCUCCGGUUUAAAAAUUUCCUUCAACAGUCUAUAAAAAAAAUGGCACGUGAAGCAUGCAAUGAGGAGUUUAAAAACUUGGCCAAGGUCUAUGAACAAGACGUGACCGAAAGUUUAAAGAAAUACCAAGUACUGAAAGAUUUAGAUUUGUUUGUCCUAGACAACUCAAUAAGAGAGAGCACAGUAGGUCAGCUUAGAGGUCACACAAUUGAAAACAAGUGGAAAGUUUAUGACGAAGUUAAAAAAUGUGGAUUUAAGCAUACCAUAGUUGCCUCCUUCAACCACAGCACUCGUGUAGAUGAUGUCUUUAUCAAACAACUCGUUGACAAAGGAGAGGAUCGUGCAGGCCUUUGGGCUUUCUCAGAAAUAACUGAAGCAAUAAAGAAGAAAGUUCCUGACACUGAAAGCAUACCUGUAGGUUUAAGGAAAAUGAAAGAAGCUGGUCUGUAUAACGUUAUCUUUGAAAUCGAUCUUGGAGAUUCUACGUACGAUUUUGACAGAUUCACAACAAAAGAGAUGUGCGCAUUGCUUAAAAAAUGGGUAGACUGGGUUUUUGAAAAUUUGAGUUCAGAGGCAAAAGUAUUCGUAAGUUUUAGAGACCUCCCAGAUGCUAUGCCAACUGAUUCCGACAGAGUUUUUGAAGUAACUGAUUUCCUAUGUAAACUACCAUUGUUUGGUCUGAUGUUUGAGGAACCAAGAGGGCAAACUCUUCCAGAGGAAUGUGGCACCUGGGCAAAACAUAUAAGAAAGGUCAUGAAUGCCAAUAAUUUCAAAGGUCAUCUUUUGGUUCAUGUUCACGAGAAAUUUGGUUACUGUGAUGUUGUAGCUUUGCAGGUACUGAUGGAUGGAGCAAAUGGAAUUUGGGCCAGUGUUAUAAAAGAAGGUGCUGCCAUGGGAAACGCUCCAUCUAUUGUAACAAUACUUAAUCUAAUUAGAAUGGGAAACAAAAGAGUGCUGAAAAAGUUUAAUUGCACGUACCUCAGAAAAGCAGCAAUUAACAUGACCAGAAUUACCACUGGAGUUGAUCCCCACAUCAAACAGCCUGUUUAUGGUGCACGUGCUCUCGACUUCGUUUUUGAUUUGAAUCCUGAAGAAUUUGAUUUUGCAGACUUUUUCGAGGAACAAGCUCCUAUUCGAAUAACCACCCUUUCAUCAGCGGAAAUGGUCCAAACAAAGUUAGUCAAUUAUUUUGGCGAGAACGAAGACUUUACUAUAGAGCGAGCCAAUCUAAUGAAGGAAGUCAUGCUAGAAGAUUUACGAGCUAACAGGAAAGAAGAGUAUAUGAGUAAAUGUGGAUUGGCUGUUUUGUUCGAUCGAUCUGGGGGAAAACUCACAGAUGCAAUAAGAGACGAAAUCGCCAACGAUCCAAUGAAGACACCACAUGGACAAAACCUACUUAAAGAAAUCCGUGAAAGAUGGGACGAAUGGGAUCUGAAAGAUAAAGUUCAAGGUGACAACCUCCUGGAUUUCGAUUCCUUCUACAACGGUUUCAUGUCCCCUUAUUUUGCCUGUUACAGAUGUAACGAUACUAAAAAAGCGUUGCAGGCCCUCGAUAUGGAUAGCGACAACUCUGUUGAUUGGUCGGAAUUCUGCGUCUUUUUGAAAUGGGCAGUGAAGCAAUAUCCUAAAACAAUUCAUACUGCAGAUGAUUUACUCGAAGUAGCCUUCCGGAAAGGGUUAAUUCCUUGUAUGAGAGAUGAAAUGCUUGUCAAAAAGUAAAAACGAAAACAAUAGUGUAUUUUUAAAACCUACAGCAACUUAUAUUUGUAAUAAACCGCGUAUAUAUCCAUACAAUGUAUCUGCUUGCAACUGCUAAUAGUAUAUUGAUGUCUAUUAUGUGUAACACAAAUGUGAUUAUUUCAACAAUGUAGAUGCUAAUAGUAUAUUGAUGUCUAUUAUGUGUAACACAACUGUGAUUAUUUCAACAAUGUAGAUGCUAAUAAUAUAUUGAUGUCUUUUAUGUGUAACACAACUGUGAUUAUUUCAACAAUGUAGAUGCUAAUAAUAUAUUGAUGUCUUUUAUGUGUAACACAAAUGUGAUUAUUUCAACAAUGUAGAUGCUAAUAAUAUAUUGAUGUCUUUUAUGUGUAACACAAAUGUGAUUAUUUCAACAAUGUAGAUGCUAAUAAUAUAUUGAUGUCUUUUAUGUGUAACACAACUGUGAUUAUUUCAACAAUGUAGAUGCUAAUAAUAUAUUGAUGUCUUUUAUGUGUAACACAAAUGUGAUUAUUUCAACAAUGUAGAUGCUAAUAAUAUAUUGAUGUCUUUUAUGUGUAACACAAAUGUGAUUAUUUCAACAAUGUAGAUGCUAAUAAUAUAUUGAUGUCUUUUAUGUGUAACACAACUGUGAUUAUUUCAACAAUGUAGAUGCUAAUAAUAUAUUGAUGUCUUUUAUGUGUAACACAAAUGUGAUUAUUUCAACAAUGUAGAUGCUAAUAAUAUAUUGAUGUCUUUUAUGUGUAACACAAAUGUGAUUAUUUCAACAAUGUAGAUGCUAAUAAUAUAUUGAUGUCUUUUAUGUGUAACACAACUGUGAUUAUUUCAACAAUGUAGAUGCUAAUAAUAUAUUGAUGUCUUUUAUGUGUAACACAACUGUGAUUAUUUCAACAAUGUAGAGAUGUAAACAUACAUCUGUUUAUUGUCAGAAAACUGUUAUUUAGAUAUAUGAAAAAAUGUAUGCAAAAAGUGAAUUUAACAUCCUAAAUAAACAAAAUUAUGUAACCAAUUGUUUCACCUGGAGACAUUUCUGCAAUAGUUUUAUUGUAUUUAGAUUUGCAUAUUUAGAAUAUUAAUUUAAUUUUUAAUAAAUGUGAUCUGUA